GGAUGGGCUUAUCUGUUUCGUAUAAAAUAAGCCUAGUCGAGUAGCAUUAACUUUGUUUCUAGCAUAAAGUUUGGUUUUCAGAGGAACGAAGGAACGAAAGAAGAUCAAAUUGAAGAGGGUUCAUUAGGAGGGAGGAAGGAUGUAUCAUGACAAAAAGGGAGAAACCUUUGUCUCUGAUUGCCGAAGUAAAUUGUAUGAGAUGGUGGAUGAUCAUUCAACAGAUUCAAUAGUUUCGUGGAGCGAGAGCGGAAAGAGUUUCAUUGUUUGGGAUGAAGUGGAGUUUAGAAGAGCUCUUCGUCUUCCCGGAGGGUGCCUUGGAUACUUGGGAUUUUCACAAUCUCAAUCUCAUGAGCAAUGCGAAUACGCAUGCCCUUAUUUUAUGAGAGGUCAGCCUGACCUUAAACCGUCACGAGACAAGAUUGAGACCGACAACAAGGGCUUGGACAGUAGCAAUGAUGGACUUAUUCGAUUUAGCAGCCUUUCUUGCUACAAAGAGAUGGCUAGGCUUGCCAGGAAGGAGCGUCCCCCUUCCUCAUCAAUUCGACGCCCUCUUCCCCUUUUCAUCAGAGGUGUGUACGAUAUGGUGGAUGAUCCUUCAACUGAUUCAGUUGUCUCGUGGGGUGAGAGCGGCAAGAGCUUCAUCGUUUGGAAUGAAACUGAGUUUCUCAGAGAUGUUCUUCCUAGUCGCUUACCCUUCGAUUACAAAGAUAUGACAUCCCUCACCACCUGGUUGCAUGCCAUUGGCUAUAGUAAAGUUGAAGAAUCUGAGCAUUGGGAAUACACAGCCGAUUAUUUGGUGAGAGGUCAGCCUCUCCCCCCUAAGGAUACAUCCCCAUGCACUCCUGGGGGUCUUAUGAUUACUCCAGAACUUGCCAGAAUCAUCGAGAGGUCCUUUGAUUCCCCUAAGGCUCUCAAACAAUAAGCUCUCUAGGUUCUGUUCGGUCGUGGUUGUUGUUUUCUUAAUCAUAUUUUAUCGUCCUGUUUGAAAACAUUAUGUUUGGUCUGUCUUUUCUUUUAACUUAUGGUUAAUU